AUGAAAGACAGGAACAGUAGAAAACAAGUACUACAGGAGGAACACUCAGGAAUAACAUUAAUAAGAAAUAUACAGGAGCUCAGGGAGUUAUACUCAUUAAUAAUAAAGGAGUGCUUAGGAAGUGAUAUAGAAUGUACAGCAUGUGAAGACAAGUUGAAGGAGUGCUCCAUAUUUCCAAAGAUCGUGACGAAAGGAGAGUGGUCUUCUAUACUAAACGUGUUGCAAUUCUUUAUUGGGACAGAAUUCCGCAUUGACGGGUCCGCUCCAUGUACACUAAUGACUGAAAUCGUCACAUGCAUUUUUUCAAAAUACAAGGAAGAAGAGAAGGAGAUAGAUUAUAUACACGAGGACCUAAUAAAGAUUAUUCCGUUAUUGCGGAACUGUAGCAUCACUAUCUACGACAUGUACAGAGUCCAAUGUAGAACAGCAUCAGGAGCAUAG